GAGAUAACUUGCAUGCCACACGUGAGCAUCACGCAGGGACCAGGACAGUGGUCGAUCCGUACGUACGUGUUGCCCGUAUAGUAAUACCAAAUACAAAUACUAUAGCGCUGCAGUGGACUGUCCUAGAUCUUGUUAUCUUUCGCCAUGGCCAGUGAUAUCAUACACACGAACACGACUAGAAGACACACCUGCCGUGUUGCAUCCACUUAAGAUGGGCUUUCUUAACCACCAACGACGCGGACGCCGCAGAUCUCGCCAGAGCCGAAGGGGACACCGGCUCAGAUAACAAAUGUGCAGAUCCCGUCGACGCUGCUGCACCGGCCAGCGCACCCUCCGCCCCCACGGCGCACGCUCCCCCCACUGCGCCCACCGUCACCGACCGGUGGCCCCCGCGCUGCACGGGCGCGCUUUACUUAGCCCCGACGCGCCGGGGAUCGGGCUAAGCAAAGCGCUCGCGCCGCGGAGCCCACGUGCGUGCGUGCGUGCGUGCCGACAUGCCGUGUCAGCCGCCCCACGGCCGGCCGGCCCGCCGGAACGUGCUCCGCGCCGGGGCGGCCGCUCCGAUUGGCCGGCGCGCUCGCCACGUGUCGCCCCGGGCUCGUGUAUAAAUAAGCGCCCGCUCGAUCGUCCACUCCCCAACUCUCUCCAUCGGUGGCGACCGUCGAAUCCCUGAAAAACCACCUGCAAAAUCAUCACCUCGGUUCCAUCGAUCAAGAAGCCGUGGUAGGCGAGGCCAGUGACCUAUGGGGAACGCGUACGGCAACGGCGGCUCGUCGACGGGCCACCUGCGGGCGCCGGAGCUGCCGCUGCACCUGUGCUUCUUCCUGCUCGUGCUGUUCGUCUUCCUCGGCUUCUCCUGGUACAUGAGCUACGAGUCGGUGGCGGAGACCUUCGCCGACCAGGGCAAGCUCCUGCUCAUGGUGUCGCCGCUCGCGCUGCUCCUCGCGGUGCGGCUGCUGUCGGGCGGCGACGGCGACGGGCGGCGCGUCGACCAGCUGAUGUCCAUGUCGAUGCCGGAGAGGGACUCCAUCCACCGCGCCGGGGGGUCGCCGUGGGGCGUCGGGCUCCUGCUCGUGCUGCUCAUCGUCAUGGUCUCCUACCAAUCCAACUUCCGGGAGAAGUGGUUCGCGCUCUAGUCAUCGGGUGACGAUUGAUGGAUAUCGAUCUCCAUCGGAACCGGGAUCGGGAUCGGGAUGUCGCGGAGCAUGCUUUUUCCAUUAGCAAAUGUCAAGAAUCAUGUGUACUACGCAGGUAACCCGAGACAUAUAUGUCGUCGCGCGAGAACCUUGUAAAGAUUUGCUGAUUAUUGGAAUGGAAACAGAACAAAUGUCUUGUUUCUUCUUUU